ACACUGUGCUGACUGCCGGGAUAUAACCAUGAAGAAAAACACAAGUUUCUGAUCUCAUGGAGUUUGCAUUCCACUGGGAGUAUUCAGACAAUUAAAGAUCUAUAGCAGGUUGUGAUAAGAAUUAAAGCAGGAUUCUACAGUCAGGAAGCAUCUUGGAAAUAAGGGCAGGCAGGAACCAGGAGAGCAGCCACAAUGACUUCCCUGCUGAUGGACAUACAAGAGGAAGUGACCUGCCCCAUCUGCCUGGAGCUCCUGACAGAGCCUCUGAGCAUAGACUGUGGUCACAGCUUCUGUAAAGCCUGCAUUACACAGAACAGUGGGGAAUCAGAGAAUGGCCAGGAAGGGGAAAGCAGCUGUCCAGUAUGCCAGGUCAGCUACCAACUUGGCAGUCUCCGGCCUAAUCGGCACCUGGCCAACAUAGCAGAGCGGCUCAGAGAAGUAGUAUUGGUUCCCGGAAAGCUGCCAAAGGUAAUUCUUUGUGCAAACCAUGGAGAGAAACUCCAGCUCUUCUGUAAGGAGGAUGGAAAGGUCAUCUGCUGGCUUUGUGAGCGUUCUCAGGAGCACCGUGGUCACCACACGUUUCUCAUGGAGGAGAUUGCCCAGGCGUACCAGGAGAAGUUCCAGGAGUCUCUGCAGAGGCUGAGGAAAGAGCAGGAGGAAGCUGAGAAGCUAAAAGCUUUCAUCAGACGGAAGAGGGCAUCCUGGAAGAAUCAGAUGGAGCCUGAGAAACACAGGAUCCAGACAGAGUUCAAUCAUCUGCGAAGCAUCCUGGACAAAGUGGAGCAGCGGGAACUGAAAAAGCUGGAAGAGGAAGGGAGGAAGGGGCUGAGAAUUAUAGAAGAAGCUGAAAAUGAGCUGAUCCACCAGAGCCAGUCACUGAGAGAGCUCAUCUCAGACCUGGAGUGUCGAUGCCAAGGGUCAGCAAUGGAGCUGCUGCAGGAUGUGAGUGAUGUCACAGAAAGGAGUGAGUUCUGGACCCUGAGGAAGCCAGAAGCUCUUCCCACCAAGCUGAGAAGCAUGUUUCGAACCCCAGAUCUGAAGAAGAUGCUGCGAGUGUUUAGAGAGCUGACAGAUGUGCAGAGCUACUGGGUGGAUGUGACUCUGAACCCGCCCACAGCUAAUUUAAAUCUUGUCCUGUCUAAAAACCGGAGACAGGUGAGAUUUGUGGGUGCUGAGCUGUCUGAGCCUUCUCAUCUGGAAGAACAUUAUGACUGCAGCGUCCUGGGUGUCCAGCACUUCUCCUCAGGAAAGCAUUACUGGGAGGUGGAUGUGGCCAAGAAGACUGCCUGGAUCCUGGGGGUGUGCAGUCAUUCCAUGGUACCUACCUCCUCUUUCAACCAGUAUGCUAAGAAUCCCAAUGCUUACUCGAGAUACCAGCCUCAGAAUGGGUACUGGGUGAUUGGGCUUCAGCAUAAACAUGCGUACAAGGCCUAUGAGGACUCCACCGCAGCCCUGCUUCUCUCCAUGACAGUGCGCCCUCGCCGAGUUGGGGUUUUCUUAGACUAUGAGGCUGGAACCGUCUCCUUUUAUAAUGUCACGAACCACGGCUUCCCCAUUUACACUUUCUCCAAAUAUUACUUCCCUACCACCCUGUGCCCAUAUUUUAAUCCUUGCAACUGUGCAGUUCCCAUGACCCUACGUCGCCCAAGCUCUUAAACAUUCUACUGUCUGCUGUCUCCACCUCACCUGAGCGGUACCCUUCACCCUGUGGCUUCUCUGCACAUGGUUCUCCUUCUAAUCUCCUGUUUUUCUAUAUUCUCACUGUUGAACAUUUACUAGGAUGUGCCCAAUGGUAACAGUGAACGUCCUUGACUAAUUGCAGAUCUUGAGGUGGGUAAUGGGAGCUUUAAACAUUUUGCCAUCAAGCAUGAUGUUGGUUGGAGGUUUUUUGGUUGAUGCAGGGGGUCAAAGAAAAUUGUCUACUAAAUUGCUAUGAGUUUUUAUAUGGAAUGAAAAAUUGAAUUCAGCGAUAUUUUUUCUCCUGUAACUAAGAGAUAGUCAUGCGUCAUUUUAUUGUGAUAAUAAAUCAAGUAGAUUGUUUUAUUUCAGUUGUUAAAUCUGUCACCAAUU